UUUGGGCAAAGGUGGUGAUAACCGUGGUAUCAUUACCGCCGUUACCAUGGUAGAUUUUUCGUCCCUCAAGUCCUACUGGCCUCUUAUCCGCUUUCUGGUUCCUUUGGCCAUAACCAACAUAGCCAUCGAUCUCGGGGAACAGGCUCUGAACAGAGGUAUUGCUACAGUCAGAGAGGAUGCGGUGGAAACCCUGGCCAGUUAUGGUCUGGCCUACUCGCUCAUGAAAUUCUUCACGGGUCCAAUGAGUGACUUUAAAAACGUGGGGCUGGUGUUCGUUAACAGCAAGAGAGACCGCGCCAAGGCGGUGCUUUGCAUGGCUGUGGCAGGAGUCAUAGCGAUUGUUUUCCACAUCCUCAUAGCUUACACAGACCUAGGCUACUACAUUGUCAAUAAACUCCACCACGUGGACGAGUUUGUUGGGAGCAAGACAAGGAAGGCAUUCCUUUAUCUGGCUGCCUUCCCAUUGCUGGACGCUAUGGCAUGGACUCAUGCAGGAAUCCUUCUUAAGCACAAGUACAGCCUGCUGGUGGGAAGCGCUUCCAUCUCUGAUGUCGUAGCACAGAUCGUGUUUGUGGCCAUCCUGCUCCACAGUAACCUUGAAUGCCUUGAGCCUCUCCUUAUCCCCAUCCUGUCUCUCUACAUGGGUGCGCUCGUGCGCUUCACCAUCGUCGGACUGGGGUACUACUGUAACAUCCACGACAACAUCCCAGACUCCACCAGCAGUGAUGUGGGGGGAGACGCCACAGUGGCGAAGAUGUUGAGUUUCUGGUGGCCUCUUGCUCUCAUUCUGGCCACUCAGCGCAUAAGCCGACCCAUCGUGAACCUCUUCGUAUCCCGUGACCUAAAAGGUAGCGCUGCUUCUAUUGAGGCUGUUGCAGUCCUCACGGCCACCUAUCCAGUGGGUCACAUGCCAUACGGUUGGCUAACUGAACUUCGUGCAGUUUACCCUGCCUUUGAUAGGAAUAACCCCACCAACAAGUUGACAGUCGGUGUGGGGAUCACUAAAUCUCACAUUAAGAGGUUCACAUUCUGCUGCCUGGCUCUCUCCCUCACGCUGUGCUUUGUGGUGUUUUGGACCCCUCACGUGUCUGAGAGGAUCUUGGUGGACAUCAUUGGGGUGGAGACGAGUUUCGCUAACCUCUGCAUCGUUCCCCUUCAGAUCUUCUCCUUCUUCCCUCUGCCAGUGACUGUGCGGGCUCACCUGACGGGCUGGUUGAUGACCUUGAAGAAAACGUUUGUUUUGGCUCCUAGCUCCGUGCUCAGGAUCGUAGUCCUUAUCACCAGCCUUGUAGUGUUGCCUUACAUGGGGGUUCACGGCGCUACGUUGGGAGUAGGCUCGCUGUUGGCAGGCUUUAUCGGAGAGGCCACGAUGGUGGCAGUGGCUGCUUGCUAUGUGUACCGACAACAGCGUAAAAACUCGGAGUCGGAGCUGGUCAUAGAGGGUGAAGACGCUGCCCCGAUGAGUGAGGUCACCUCCAGGACCCAGUUGGAGGACGGAGAGGAGGUGCGAAAUGAGGAAGAGGAGAAUGCAUGACUCCGAGUAAAUACAAGCAAGUGAGGAAUUCAAAACGAAGAAGAGGAAAAAGAAGAUAAAAGUUUUCCCACUACGGAGGAGUGGGGAAUCGCUGCGGUUAGAGAAAACUACAAGGUUGGGGAGAAGGCUGGAUCUGGAACUCGAACCUGUAACCUGAUCCGUCAGCCUUCUCUCACCUUUUAACCCCCUUGUCUCUCGUCCUAUUGGUCACUUGGACCCUGCAUAAGUGACA